AUGGGGUGGCAGCAAUGGCGGCAAGAACGGCAGCUUCUGUUCAGUCUUGUCUUCUUAUUUCUUGUCCAUUCUCUACUUCUCUGCACGGGUGGAAUAUAUAGGCACAAAAUCCAUAUUUCGAGAAUCAAAGGAAAAGGUGUGAAAUCAUGUGGGAGGGCAACUGAAGAACAAAAAGAAAAAUAUCGUUCAACACUUGAGGACAACAAGUCUAAGAAGCUAGAGAAGGUGUUGAAUCAAUCUAAGAUAAUGAUUGACGUUGUUAUGACUUUGAAUUCUCAUGAGGAGGAAGAUGAUGCAAUAGCUAUCAUUGAGAAAGAAAGCAAGAAAAGGUCCAUCAAUGUAGGACCCAUUAACCAAUUUGCAAAGUCAAUUAAAGUAGAUGAUGCUUCUAUGAGUGCAAGUAAGAAAAUAAGGCAACAAAAUAUUAAUGAUGCAAUUGCUAAGAAAAGAUUACUUGAAGUCCAUCAAUAUUUGGCAAGAUGGGAAGCUUCAAAUGAUGUUCACACUGCCCAAUACAUAUUUGAUUAUAUUAAUGCAUGUAUUAUUGAGGUUGGGCCUCAAAAUGUGGUUCAAAUUGUGACUGACAAUGCUUCAAAUAAUAUGGCAGCCGCAAAACUGAGUAAAAAGGGGAAAGAGGCUUUUGAUGUUGUUCUUCCAAAUGAUUUUUGGAACUCGAUGGAUUUGUGUUUGCAGAUAUUCACUCCAUUGAUAAAAGUUCUUAGACUUGUUGAUGGAGAGGAGAAACCAUCCAUGGGUUUUGUGUAUAGAGAGAUAUUGAAUGCAAAAGAGGAAAUUCGAAAAACAUUCAAGGAAGAGAAUGAUUAUUUACCGAUUUUAAACAUUAUUGAUUCUGAAAGCAAGGGUCAUCUUGAUGGUCCACUUCAUACCACAGCUUAUCUUUUGAAUCCAUAG